AUGAGAAAACUAAUAAUUGAUUUUUUCCUUAAUAUUUAAUAUUUACAAAUAAUCAAUAAAAUUUUUUUUAGUCAUGAUAAUAUGAAUUGUUAUUUUAAGAUAAUGUUUAAGAUAAUAAGAAAUUGAUAGAUGGAAGAAUUAAUAAAAUUUCAUCAGUAUAAAGAGGAGAGUUAAUUCGAUGAUUAAUUUGAUAAAAAUAAGAAAUUACUAUGAAAGAGUUGGUUGAGUUAAAGAUUGAUUAGAAAUGAAUAAUAAAAUGGUUGAGUUAAAGUUUGAGAAAUUUAAUAAGUAUUAAAAGUGAAAAA